AUGAUGAUGAUGAUGAUGAUGAUGAUGAUGAUGAUGAUGAUGAUGAUGAUGAUGAUGAUGAUGAUGAUGAUGAUGAUGAUGAUGAUGAUGAUGAUGAUGAUGAUGAUGAUGAUGAUGAUGAUGAUGAUGAUGAUGAUGAUGAUGAUGAUGAUGAUGAUGAUGAUGAUGAUGAUGAUGAUGAUGAUGAUGAUGAUGAUGAUGAUGAUGAUGAUGAUGAUGAUGAUGAUGAUGAUGAUGAUGAUGAUGAUGAUGAUGAUGAUGAUGAUGAUGAUGAUGAUGAUGAUGAUGAUGAUGAUGAUGAUGAUGAUGAUGAUGAUGAUGAUGAUGAUGAUGAUGAUGAUGAUGAUGAUGAUGAUGAUGAUGAUGAUGAUGAUGAUGAUGAUGAUGAUGAUGAUGAUGAUGAUGAUGAUGAUGAUGAUGAUGAUGAUGAUGAUGAUGAUGAUGAUGAUGAUGAUGAUGAUGAUGAUGAUGAUGAUGAUGAUGAUGAUUGAUGAUGAUGAUUGUGAUGAUGAUGAUGUGAUGAUGAUGAUGAUGAUGAUGAGAUGA